UCCAGCAAUGGCGGAGCACACAGAGGCUGAAGACAUUAGCCUGGACGCUAACAGCAUGGCACAGCAGCCAGCACUGCGGUUCCCUGCCACUGCCCCUCCUUCUGCCAACCCCUCCAUCCGCAGGCAACCUUUACUGAGCACCCCUGUGCCUCCCUUUGCCAUGAUGAGGGGUCCUCCACCCCCUGCACGACCACCCUUUGGACGAAUCCCCUUUGACCCCAGUGUGCCCCCACCCAUGGGGGCACCACCUUUACAGAGACCGCCGUUCAUGCCUCCGCCAGGUGGAUCCAUGCCGCCUCCUCCCGGCAUGAUUUUCCCACCGGGGAUUCCACCUACAGCUUCUCCUGCUCCCCCAUCCCUCCCCUCUACAGAAGAGAUCUGGGUGGAGAACAAGAGUCCAGAAGGAAAGGUGUAUUACUACAACGCACGUACACGGGAGUCGGCCUGGACAAAGCCGGAAGGGGUUAAGGUGAUCCAGCAGGCCGAGUUGGGUCCAAUGAUGCUGAGCCAGGUGGCGGCGGCCGCAGCAGCAGGUGGGGGUUCCAACGGACCCGGUCCGACUGCCAGCAUCCAGCCUGCAGCCUGCAGCACUUCAGCCUCACACACCGUCCACACCCCCUCCACAGCUAUGAGCUCCACCCACAGUCCCAGCAUUACAGCAGUCUCACCUCUCCUACCAACACCUGUAUCAGCUGCACCUGAAGUCACGGAUAUGCAGUCUGCUGUAACCACAUCCCCCAGUGCCAUGCCAACCCCAUUGCCAAUUGUCAAUCCCCCAACGGUUUCGAUCGCCAUGACGACAGGGCCACCACCUAUGCCAGUGGCAAUGUCCCAUAGUAUGCCACAGUCAGCUGCGCCAAUGCCAGGAUUCCCUCCUGUCAUGGUGCCAUCCUUCAGAGUGCCCCUGCCCGGCAUGCCCAUUCCACUGCCCGGUGUAGCAAUGAUGCAGAUAGUCAGCUGUCCCUAUGUUAAGACUAUCACCCCUACCAAAAACGGUAUGCUCCCUGGCAUGGCACCAUCCUUCGUACCCAUGAUGCCCCCUCAGAUGAUGGCAUCUGGACCAUCAGGACUACCAGGAACUCUGAGCACAUCUGACUGGACUGAGUUCAGAACACUUGAAGGAAAGUCCUACUACUACAAUAAACACACACAGGAGACAACCUGGGAGAAACCAGAGGAGCUUAAAGAGACAGAAAAAGAGAGAGAGAAGGUGAAGGAAUUAAUUGUGGACAUGAAUGACGGUGAAAUCAUGGACAUGGAAGACGGAAGCCCGAUAAUUGACCCUCCAAAAGAGCACAAAGAGGAGCUGAAAGAGGAAGAGAUGACAGAGGAGCAGAAGGCAGCUAAAAAGGCCAAGCCCAUAGCGACCACACCCAUCCCUGGCACACCGUGGUGUUUGGUGUGGACGGGUGAUGAGCGGGUCUUCUAUUAUAAUCCCACCACACGUCUGUCCAUGUGGGAACGGCCGGAGGAGCUGGUGGGACGGGCUGAUGUAGAUAAAGCGAUUCAGGAACCUCCGCACAAAAGAGGCAUGGACAACAGCCACAGACCAGUGCUGGCUAAAGAGGAGCAGGAACCUUCAGUGGCUGAUGAGAUACCUGAAGAUGAACCCAACAAGACCAAGAGAAGAAAGAUAGAGGAGAUAAAGGAGUCAGUCGACUCUGAGGAGGCGGCAAUGGAGGCAGAGCUGAAGGCAGCGAGAGAGAGAGCCGUGGUUCCUCAAGAGGCUCGCAUGAAUCAGUUUAAAGACAUGCUGCUUGAGCGAGGGGUCUCCGCAUUCUCUACCUGGGAGAAGGAGCUUCAUAAGAUUGUAUUUGAUCCUCGUUAUCUGCUGCUCAAUCCCAAAGAGAGGAAACAGGUGUUCGAUCAGUAUGUGAAGACUCGCGCUGAAGAGGAAAGGAAAGAGAAAAAGAAUAAAAUCAUGCAGGUCAAAGAUGACUUCAGGAAAAUGAUGGAGGAAGCCAGGCUGGGUGUCAGAACAACAUUCAGUGAGUUCGCUGCAAAACACGCUAGGGAUUCACGCUUCAAGGCCGUUGAGAAGAUGAAAGACAGAGAAGCCAUUUUUAUCGAAUUCAUGACGGCCUUCAGAAAGAAGGAGAAGGAGAACUCAAAGAACAGAGGAGAAAAGGUGAAGCAGGACUUUUUUGAGCUGCUGUCAGAUUAUCAUGUGGAUGGUCAGCAGCGCUGGAGCAAAGUCAAGGAGAAGAUGGAGACUGACCCUCGCUACAAAGCCGUAGAAACCUCUGCAGCCAGAGAGGAACUCUUCAAGAGCUAUGUGGAGCGUCUUGCCAAGAACCCAAACUCUGAGAAAGAGAAGGAGCUGGAGAAACAGGCCCGGAUAGAGGCUAGUCUGAGGGAGAGAGAGCGGACGGUGCAGAAAUUUCGCUCUGAACAGACCAAAGAGAUCGACCGUGAGAGAGAACAGCACAAGAGAGAGGAGGCCAUCCAGCAUUUUAAAGCGCUCCUAUCUGAUAUGGUAAAGUUGCCUGAUGCCGCGUGGUCAGACACACGCCGGACACUGAGGAAAGACCACCGCUGGGAGUCAUCCUCACUCCUGGAGAGAGAAGAGAAAGAGAGGCUCUUCAAUGAGCACAUCGAGGCUCUCGCCAAGAAGAAAAAGGAGCAUUUUCGACAACUUUUGGACGAGACGACCUCGAUCACUUUGAUGUCAUCGUGGAAGGAAGUGAAGAAGCUCAUUAAAGAAGAUCCCAGAUGCAUCAAGUUCUCCAGCAGUGACAGAAAAAGACAGAGGGAGUUUGAUGACUACAUCAAAGACAAGUACAUUACAGCCAAAGCAGACUUCAGAACACUUCUAAAAGAGACCAAGUUCAUCACCUACAAAUCUCGUAAAUGGAUGCAGGAGUCCGAGCAGCACUUGUCGGACAUCGAGAAGAUCUUGCAGAAGGACAAAAGGUACCUGGUGCUGGACUGUGUGUCAGAGGAGAGGCACAAACUCCUCAUGGCGUAUGUGGAGGAGCUGGACCGCAGGGGGCCUCCUCCCCCUCCCACUGCCUUUGAACCCGCUCGCCGCUCCACCAAGUGAUAACAUAAACACCUCCCAGAUCUCCAUUCUCCAGUUCUUGACCCCACACUACCCACCAUUCACAUAAUAGACUCUCUCUCAGAAACUGUCAAAUAGAUUACUCCAGUCCUAAGUUUCAUAGUCAAACUUUUGAAAGUCUAAGGUGAGCUGGGUCAUUUCCCUUAGAGUGAUUGUAUGGGUCGAGUAAACCAACCCUAAAUCAGUAUGUAGGAAUAAUUGGUAAAAGGAAUAGUUCACCCAAAAAUUUUAAUUAUGUCGUCAUUUACUCACCCUCAUGUUGUUCCAAAACUAAUUUACAUAUUAGGGUGAACUGUCCCUUCAAGGGCACAUGGGUACACACCUGUUUAUGUGUUUCAUGUGCUGGACACCCAACUCAUGCCAUCGAGAACAUCAUCAAAUAAUGACCAAUCAAAUCAGGUGAGCAUAAGAUACAAAGUAGCUAUUUGGACCAACAGGGGAGGGUUUUUCUGGACAUGUGUCCCGGUUAUCCCCACAAUGACAUACACUUCAUCCGUAUAGUCUAAAGCCACUUUACAUGAUGACUUAAGAUGUUAGAGAAUCUGACUUGUGCUUGGGUAACAGUUCUAAAGGGUCUGCUGGUGCCUGUCGACCUGUUUCCUCCUAUCAGCCUGGUCUAGUCACCUGUGGCGGUUCCUGAUCGCCCAGCAUGAAUUCCGUUAUCGGCCUCCCAUCGUUUUCUCCAUGCCUUUGAGAAACUGUGAUUUGUUGAAAUUGGGAGAACCUCCUGGUUUCUGAAACAUUGUUUUGGUGACUGUAGUCACCCACAGGGAUAUUCAAGAAUUACUAAAGCUUCUCUGUGCAUUUGUCAUUUUAACAGACUGUUUGAUCGACAUGUGAAAUGUUUCUAGAUGAUGAGUAUGUAUGGAUAUGUAUUCAUUCAUUAGCUCGUUUACAAUGCGUUAUAACUGACUGUAUGAACACUGGCAGUUGACCAUGUCGAUUUGUCAUACGGUUUAAUUUAAUUGUUCAGAUGUUUCUUAAAAAAUAUCUUGUUUUUUGGACUUGCUUUAUGUACAGCUGAACUUGAAUAAAAGA